AUGUUCAAAGGCUCCCGACGCAUGAAAACGCUGAUAAUAUCAAGGGAUAUGCCGGUACCGCAAGAGUAUAUUACCAAGUUCCUGGGAAGCUUGCCUCUCCUUGAGAAUAUCAAAAUAUACAAAGCCAGAACUUCACCUUCAUCAAAGGUACAAUGGCCCUCAGAGCUCCCACACCUACGGAGCAUAAUUCUCGGCACUACAGAGGGAUCAUGGUUAAACGGGCAUACGUCUGCCCUACACAUCCCUCGCAAACAACCUGAUCUUCCCUAUUCCAUUGCAAAUCUUGAAGAGCUGUGCCUCAACUCAGAUCCAGACGUCUUUUUCCCUUACCCUCCUUCUUUCAACCCAAUAGACUUUUCGCGACUACUGCGACUGGACCUCAGCGGCAUAUACAUCAGUGACGAAUUUACUCUACCGCCUAGCCUUGAAUACCUACGCAUCUGCGGUGGUGCUGCAACUGAGGAAUUCCCAUUUUCUAACCAGCGUCCUGUCGAGUUUCACAAACUCAAGACCCUCAUGUUCAGGGAUGUGCCUUGGGUCUCGAAUAACACCAUGCUUAUAUUUCUCGUGGAAGCCAAAGCCCCACUUGAGGUACUUCAUGUAGACAGCUGCUUCCGAUUGCGCGGGACUGCUUUCUGGCACAGCCUAUGCCAACAUGCCAACGAUUUAACAGAACUCAACGUCUCCCAUGUUAUCGGGAUCAAUGAUAACUUCUCGAAUCAGAUUGUUGAGAAGAUGCAUAAAUUGAAAGUCAUUUACAUGUCUUAUACCGAGAUUACCGGCAUCUCCAUCAAGACAUUCGCCGAUGCCCGAGUCUCUGAAGGCAAUGUCAUGAGAAUCGAGCGGCUACAUAUAAAAGGGUGUGAGCUUGUCUCACCAGACGCAAUUGCAUAUGGCCGGGCACACGGCAUUGAGAUACUCACUUGA